CUCCGCUGGGGUUGGGUUCGGAGAGGAGUUGGGUUCAGUGGGGCAGGCCUGGGGGGUCAGCAGCUACUGCCCUGUCUUGGGUGGGGCCAAGGGGCGCGACUUGGGGCGGGGAUCGGAGGGUGCUUCGAGUGGGAGGAGCCUUGGGGUUAUUCUAGCAUAUUCCUUGAGGGUUAUUGCAGUAGGCGAGGGCUAGAUUAGAUGAGAGUGCGGAACUGGACCCCCGUUCUGGCGGCGGUCCUUUUUGAGGAGGCAGGGCCUGGAGAGUGCUUGGGGGGAGGGCACGCAGCGAAGGGGCAGGCCUGAAAUGUGAGUCACGGGGGUGGAGCCUAUAGUCCCAUGGGGGCGGGGCUUGAGAUGUCAGGAAUGGGAUGAGGGUUAGAGGCUAAUUAGAGGGCGUGCUAUGGAAGGUUCAGGAGCCAAAUUUUGGAGUAGCAUUCUCCAGGGUGGGCCGAAUGGUGUUAUUUGAGGGAUGUGUUCUGCGUGUUAUUAGAGGGAGAUAGGAAGGCCUGGAAGAUUAUUCACAUGGCUGAGCCCAGGAUUGUUUAUUUAGAAGGUGGGGUCAGAACAGUUAUUUGUUUGGGCUGAGAACCUUUAAGAUUACUUGAGGGGAUGGUGCGUAAAUGGUGGGCCAGUUUGUAUAUGAGCUGCAGGGGCAAGACAAGUAGAUGAGGCUAGAAUGUUAACUCAGGGAACAGGUCCUAGGUAGUUUCCAUGGCAUGUCCCCCAACAGCCCUCUCCACUGCUUUUAUCUCCCAGCUGUUAGCGUGCUGGACUCUGCAGACAUAGAGGUCACAGACAGUCGUCUGCCUCAUGCCACUAUUGUGGAUCACCGGCCCCAGCACCGUUGGUUAGAGACAUGUAACGCGCCUCCCCAAGUGAUCCAGGGUAAGGCACGUAGUGCUCCGAAGCCAUCCCAGGCCUCUGGUCAUUUCUCUGUGGAGCUGGUCCGCGGUUACGUAGGCUUUGGCCUCACCUUAGGUGGGGGCCGGGAUGUAGCUGGGGACACUCCGCUGGCCGUGCGCGGGCUGCUGAAGGAUGGCCCAGCACAGCGCUGUGGUCGUUUGGAGGUCGGGGACCUCGUGCUCCACAUCAACGGAGAGUCAACGCAGGGCCUCACCCAUGCCCAGGCCGUGGAGCGGAUCCGAGCUGGAGGCCCCCAGCUCCACCUGGUUAUUCGUCGGCCUCUGGAGACCCACCCUGGCAAGCCUCGAGGGGUGGGAGAGCCCCGAAAAGGAGUUGUCCCGUCAUGGCCAGAUCGCAGCCCAGAUCCUGGAGGGCCGGAGGUAACGGGGUCUCGCAGCAGCAGCACUUCCCUAGUUCAGCACCCUCCAUCCCGGACGACGCUCAAGAAGACCCGGGGCAGCCCGGAGCCUAGUCCAGAGGCGGCCGCCGAUGGCCCCACGGUUUCUCCUCCUGAGCGCCGCGCUGAGGAUCCCAACGACCAGAUCCCGGGUUCCCCGGGGCCCUGGCUAAUGCCCAGCGAGGAACGGCUCUCGCGGGCCCUAGGGGUCCGGGGGGCAGCGCAGCUCGCUCAGGAGAUGGCAGCCGCAAGGCGGAGACACUGAGCCUACCUCUGACGCGCGGGGCUCACUAGUUACCGCCCAACCUGGAUCCGGCGCGUGUGGCCGCUGGGCACUUGGCACCUCCCCGAGAGCUUCCACUUGGUUUGGUCCCCCCACCCGCUGCGCAGUGGCUCUGCCCACACUCCCCUCGCAGCGUCAGUGGUACGACCCUUCCAGCCGGCUAGCCUGCGCUUCUGGUUCUGGGAGGGGGAGGUAAUAAAAUGGUUCGAUCCGG